UUCAACUUUGAGUGUGUCCGUUACGUCAUCAUUUCGCGUCAGGUACACUGACUGCCCUGUUGUUGUUAUCUCGAAUAUUUCCCAUGCUAAACAAAUGCCAGCAGGGCCUCCAGCAGUGAAUGAGGUCUAGAAUUGUCACAGAUCAGUCCUCCGUGUGGAGCUGAGAUGGGCCAGCAGCUUUCUGGCCAGGCAGUGAGCAGACUGCCUGAGAAACUGAUCAAACAUGUGGGGUUAGUGCGUGACAGCAGCUACCUUACAUAUGACGAGUUUCUGGGUCGCGUGGCAGAACUCAAUGAUGUAACUGCUAAACUAGCCUCCGGCCAAAAGAAACAUCUUCUGUUUGAUGUGCAGCCUGGAUCUGAUUCAACGGCUUUAUGGAAGGUUGCUGUGAGAAUAGUGUGCACCAAGAUUAACAAAGAGGAUGGAAUGGUAGAGGCCUCCCGCAUUAUGAACCUGUACCAGUUUAUCCAGCUCUACAAAGACAUUACCAGUCAGGCAGCUGAAGUCUUUGGGUCUGAGGUGGGCGCAGAGGGUUCCUCUGGACAGCUCUCGUCAGAAGAUACCUGCCAGGCCAGCAUGUGGAUGGGCAGGGUCAAACAGUUGACUGAUGAAGAAGAAUGUUGUAUCUGUAUGGAUGGGAAAGCAAAUCUUAUUCUACCCUGUGCGCACAGCUUUUGUCAGAAGUGUAUUGACAAGUGGAGCGGUCAGAGCCGCAACUGCCCCAGCUGUCGUAUUCAGGUGACUGCCGCUAAUGAAUCAUGGGUCAUGUCAGAUGCUCCCACGGAGGAAGAUGUAGCUGGUUACAUUCUCAAUCUUGCGGAUGAAGCUGGCCACCCACACAGACCUUAAAUUCAAGCACUGUGCCACUCUCAUGCUCACUCUCUACCCAUGGCAGAUGAAAUAAUCUGUAAACAGUUAUUUCAUAGGAUGACUAUGGGACUGAGUAAUUGUUGCACUACAUAGUGUCACUCACUGGAAGCAAUAACUGCUGAAUAUAUAUAUAUUUUUUUUUUUUUAAAAGCACUUUUAGGGUAAUGCAUCACAUUUUGCCACCUAAAAAGUUCAGACUGUGAACAUGCAUACUGUUGAUAAAUGCUAGAAAACAUGUAGCAAUAUAACAUCAUUGGCUUUAAUUGUUUUUCAGAACAUGACACUUGCUGUUUUAACUUGUUUGUGAAGUAACUGCACUUAAUUUUGUUUGUUUCGUAGAGGCCUUGUACAGUAAUACCUGAAGAAAGUGUUUCAGGAUUAGCAUGCAUUCAAACUAUAAUUUAGUCAAAAAUUAUAUGGAAAAAUAACUACAGUUUAUUUGCAUUUAUUAUAUAAAAUAAGGGUUCCUGGAAUUCCUAGUGAUAUAUUUGGCAUGAACUCUUUACUGCUCUGUAAGUUCAUGUAAAUGUUAAUUUUGGGGCAUGGCUGAGUUAUAUAACAUUCAUAAUGACUUUGAAACAUAAUUAGGUCUUUUCAUCGGCAUCAUGGACACUUUCAGUUGAGAUUAGUUACCUUUUAAUUGUUUUUCCAGUUUGAAGUCUUAAAAUCUAGAAUAUUCCUUUUACACUUUUGUGAGUGUGAGCCAGAAUGUGAAUCUUGUAUCAUUAAAUACAUGCAAUAUAUAGUUAAAUCUCUCUAUUAAAAAUUAAAAGUAUUUCAGUUUAUUAAGAUUUAAUGGUGUUCAUUAACAUUGAAUAUACUUUUUAAAAUUGCAUUUCUGUAAUAAUCGCAGAUACAGUAUAUAUAUAUAUUAAUGAAGCGACUGAAUGUUAAGUUUUAUCAGAAAACAAAUGACAUUAGUUGAUGUUUCCUCUGUGAUGGUGUGUUGAAGAACAUCUGUUGAACGUAUAGAUUGGACUGGAGUGUUCAGUGUUCUUAGUUCCAUCUGGCUUGUGUAAAUUUCAGUUAAUAAAGUGAAUUGAUUAAUAUUUGGAACUAAUUUCAUUUGCAUGCUGUAACAUUUCCCCCCUAUUCCACUGGUAAGCAGUGUUGAGCAAAAUUUACAAAAAUCUAUUAUUUAUUUUCUUUGGUAUAUGGCCUACAGAUGAUCUUAUCACAAAUUAAUCAAGCAGGACUCUUUUUUUUUUUGAUAGGACAUAAAAUCCUGUUUAUACAUUUUAAAUUAUGAAUGCUUUUUAAAAGAUUUCUUUUUUUUUAUUUUAUUUUUUUACAUAUUCAGCAUUCAUAUGUUUUCAAAAGGCUCUUCCUAACCUCAGCACCCUUAUAUUGUAUCACAUCCUUUACAAAAAUCCCUUACAAUCUGUGGUGGUGUAAAAAAUGUGUGAGUUAAAGUACUCAAAUCUAAAAUGCAACAAAUAUAAAGUUCUACCCCAUGUCCCAGAAUAUCAAGUUGCAAACAAACUGGUUCCUCAAGGUAGAUAAUAGGUCUAUUUUCUGUGCCACACUCUGUUUUACAUAAAACAUUUAACCGAACAAAAAAAUACAUUGUUAAAGUCACAAACCCAUAGACUCCCUUUUUUAUAUAAGGUAACAAAUUUGAAAUGUUUUUUUUUUUUUUUUUUUCAGAAA